AUGAAGCUGGACAACCAUCAAAUCAAUGGAACGGAUGGUCAUGAUUGGAACAAGACAGAUAAGCUUUUCAUCUGGCUAGUCAUUGCGGGCCCCGCUCUCCGGCAAAACCCCCAUGGGUCCCCCACCGGCAAGACCCUCUGCGGGUCCCACUGUUAUCUUCUUUUUUUCGAAAAAUCUUUUUCUUCUUCUAUGCCCCAUGCGAUUCCCACGAGGGGAGUGGGCGACGGGGGGUCUCCUGUUUCAGCCAAAUGCGUCGCUUUCUCAACCUUUUCUCCUGAUCCAAACGGUGCGUUUCGCUCCCUCGGUGGUCUAAGAGCAGGUGUAUUGGCGUGUGUAGCUUCUGAGAUGGCUUAG